AAGCAGACGGUAGUUCAAACAUAUACAUCAAGCGUUGUUGUAGGUUUGUUGUGAACGAUGAGCAGGUUAACAGAAGAAAUGGUUGUUGCGAGAACAAAAACAUCAGAUAUAUCAUUAGUGCGCAAACUGAAUUGCUGGGGGAGCAAUCUAUGUGAUGUAAGCCUUCUUAGGCGCAUGCCAAAUGUUGAACUGCUUUCGUUAAGUUUCAAUCAGAUAUCCACCCUGAUAGAUAUGCAGUACUGCAAAAAUUUGGCAGAGUUAUUUAUAAGAAAAAAUCUGAUAUCGGAUAUCAACCAACUAUGCUAUCUUCAAGACUUACCAUGUUUAAGAACACUGUGGGUUGAUGACAAUCCUUGUACACAGUCUAAAGACUAUCGGUUAACUGUCCUGAGAGCUCUACCAAAUCUUAAAAGACUAGAUAACAUAGAAGUGAAGCCGGAAGAAGUCUCGGAAGCGAUGCAAAUGGGGAUGCCACUCAUUCACCCAGAGAAAGCUGUUGCUCCAUCUCCCAUGAUGUCUUCUGUGCCAAGACUGUCUCCAAGCCCUUCAGCUGAAGAAGGACCCAACCAAGAACUGGAUGAUCGUUACUAUGAACCCUAUGAAGAACCAGAAUUAAUGGAAAACAGGUGUCACAUGCGACAGGGAAAUACAAGAAUACAUAAUAACCAUGUAGAUGCUGAUGAACACUUGGAAACCCCAGUGUUGCGACAACAAUCUCCAAAAGCUGAAAUGUAUGAAAUGGAUCGUCAGAAUGCUAAUUAUGAAAAGAAUUCUUCCCGAUGUUCUAAUCAAAACAACAGGACAGCAAACCAGCCUGAUUGCUCUUCUUCAUCUGGAAGUGUAAAAGUAGCACGCACACCAACUGAUUACACAAAUGAGGCAGAUUUACGGCCUGAGAUUUAUGAAAUUGAAUACCGGGAGACAAAUUAUACUCCCAGGCGGUAUCACGACAGUGGCAGUGAAGAAAGUUAUGAUCAUUAUGGAAGUCAUUACGAAGAAGUUUAUCACCAUCAGGGACAAAAUAUGGAGCUAUCACAUAGAAAUAUUGCUUCCCAUGGACAAGUUAACUCAUACAAUCCAGCCAGCACAUCAUUUUAUAAAAAAACUAGUUCUUCUGAAGAAAAGUUCAGGUGCCCUUCUGAACGGUCUAUGUCAUAUGUAUCAAAGCAGCGGAAGUCUGGUCACAUGAAUACAAAUGUGCUUUCCGCUGUCCUGCUGCUCAUAAAGGAACUUGAUUAUGCCAGCUUAGAAGUCUUGGAAAAUGCUGUAAGAUCACGAUUAAAUGAAUUUGAGAACUGACUCCAGAAAAACUGGCUGAUACCCUUCUGUGUCUUUGUGUCUGUUGUAAACUGGUAUGUGGAGUAUGGAAAGAUAUCACUCACUCAAAAUGAGGCAGUCAGAGCUGGCUAUAAUGUACAAAAAUAUGAGAGACAAUACAUAUACAUAACUUUAUUAAGUGUGACCUCUUAGGAAAUUUUAGUUGCAAGCACAAAUGGCUCUUAGUUGCUUCU